GUCAUAUGUUAAUAACAACAACGAAAAUCGAAAUUUACUCAUAUAACUACGCAAAAUUUAUGUAUCUCCGAGAGUGUGUAAACAAUAAAGAAAUCUGAUAUCUUCGCCCCAGAAGACAGAGUUUUUAAAGUUUUUAAUAAGAACCCCCCUUUUAUGUACGAACUGCGAUUUCGUUACAUAAAAAUUGGUGCCGAAACCCGGGAAUUUUCCCACUGAUUCACUGAAGAAAGAUAAAACACUUUGAUUGAUCCACGACGAAAGAAUUGUCCACGAACUGGUUCAUCGUAUAUCCAUCUAGAACAUCUACCAGUAAGGGAAGUACCCCUCACAUCCUUUGACGAGAGGAAUAAAAUUUGAUUCAUCCACGGAAGAGAAAUUUUCUACGAAUUUUCAUCCUGUAACCACCUGGAAUUUCUACCUGGCGAGAAGUGUUCCUGGUUUCCCGUUGAGCCCCUGCAAAGAUUCAGGUUUUCGACUUCACCUACAGUAAAGGAAUUGAGCGAAACACACAUAAAAAAUACAGGUCAGAUUGUUUCAGUUAUCUCUAUAAAAAGUGAAAACAGUGAACUUGUGAUUGAACAAUACGUGCGUAUUUCCAUCUCUCUUUACUGAAUUGAAAGAAAUUUCACUAUCUUUGUUGCACAGUUUCAGCAUAUUUUAUUUGUUUUAUUAUUAGAAUUUGUAGUUUUUACUGAAGUUUUGCAUCAGUGUCCACGGAAUUUAAAUUCAUAUUUUUUUUCUGGAAACAUUCAUUUCAUAUUCGAAUUAACAUUGAUUCAUUUCUGAAGUUUGAAUUUCUGUGUAAACUGUUGUAUGUUUUUUCAAUAUUCUAUUGCUUAUCUCUUGAACCAAAAGUGACAUUUUAAUAUUUCUUUAAGUCAAAAUGGAAGCUUUAAUUGAACAAAGAACAGCGCACAAAAAUACUAUCGAGCGUCUUGAAAGAUAUCUGAAUAGAAAUAAGGAUAGAGAAGCGAUUGUUAUUGAAGAAUAUUUGUCGAGGCGUGAUUGGUUAAUUGAAGCUUUCACCAAAUAUAACAAAAUUCAAGAUAAAAUUGAAUAUCUUCAAACUGGAAAAUUUGAGGUUGUAGACACUGAAGAUAGAGAGGAGAUGGAAGCUAGAUAUUGCCGGAUCUUGUCUGAAAUUGAAAGGAAAAUAAGUCAAUAUGACUCUAAACAUAAGGCCCUUGUGUCCCCUUUCGAACGACCCUACUGACUUGAGUUGCCUGACCCCAGGGCAUUUCCUUAUAGGAGCGCCCCUGACUACAUUCCCGGAUAAGGAUGUCCCCACAACACCUACAAACCGCUUGUCACGUUGGGAACUUUGCACAAAGCUGCAACAAGAUUUUUGGAAGAGGUGGUCUGUCGAAUAUUUGAAUAACUUACAAAAUAAGCCUAAAUGGUUAAAGCCCAACCCAAACUUAAAGGUCAAUGAUUUGGUUCUCUUGAAAGAAAACAAUUCACCCCCUCUGAAUUGGCGCAGAGCACGCAUAUUAAAAGUUUAUCCUGGUCCUGAUAAUAGAGUUAGGGUAGUCGAUUUAAAAACAAGAGAUGGAGUGUUCACAAGACCAAUAUCAAAGGUUUGUCCUCUACCAGAGAUCUCUGACUCUAAAACUUUGCAAUAAUUUCAUUUAUCGACUAUUAUUGAAUAAAAUUGAAAAUUGAUUUCCUCAUUCUCUUUUUAAUAUUCGGAAAUGGCGGGGGAGGAUGUUUGAAUUUCGCGCUGUAAAUUCAAAUUCAUCAAAUUAUAUUGUUGCGCGCCGCCCUACCACUGUAACUUCCAUCUCUCCUCUAUCUAAUCUUGAUUAUAUUCAUUGUCAUAUGUUAAUAACAAAAACGAAAAUCGAAAUUUACUCAUAUAACUAUGCAAAAUUUAUGUAUCUCCGAGAGUUUGUAAACAAUAAAGAAAUCUGAUAUCUUCGCCCCAGAAGACAGAGUUUUUAAUAAGAACCCCUCUUUUAUGUACGAACUGCGAUUUCGUUACACAAUGUUCAUUUUCAGUUUUGACAAAUAUUGAAUUUACAUUAUCAUUCGAUAAGAUCUAUGAAAAGACCUACAGUGAAAUUUUUGUUUUAGGAAUAUUCAGUUUAGCUAUAAUAAACUGAAAAGAGGCAGAAUGAAUAGAUCUACCUUUCAAAUACCCAUGGCUCAUGUUGCCUCACAAGCAAUCGUAAUAUCAUAUCUAGGUGUAACAUCAUUGAGAAAUCAGAUUAUAAGAAGUCCCUCAUUUCCAAGGUUCAUCAAUACUUUUUUCAGUUGAGCAACAAAUUAUUCUUCUAUUCCAUAAUUUAUUGAGAAAUAUAAUAUAUGAUC